AUGAACUAUUCAUAUAAGGUUCGGGACGCGUGUGGACCACGGUUCGAAAGAGCUAUUUUAACGGAAGGAAAUAAACGGCACUAUAAUUCAACACCUUUCAUUCUCACGUUUUGCGAGACAGUCAUAACAGAAUUUGACAUAAACGCCUUUAUAGAAUUGGGUCUAAAGAUAGUAAGAUUCAAAAUGACUGAUUUGUCGGAGGCAGAAAAAAUUAAGUUACUUUAUUUAUUGAAAAGGGCAGUUAAUUGGUGUUGUGAGAAAUACAACGUCUCGACCUGGCCAGUAACUCUUUCUGCUGAUGUUCCUAAUGCUUGCAUUAAAACAGGAUCUUUGGAAGAUCAAAAGUGUAUGCCUAAAGGAAUGGAAAUAAGAGAGAAUUCCAUUGUGAGAAUUACAUCUGAUAAGGAGUUUAUAGACAAAUGUAACAGUGAGCAAAUUUAUGUUGACGACCCAUAUAUGUUGCCCUGUUUGGUUCCUGGCAUCGAAAUAACUAUUAACUUUGGAUCAAUAGUAAUGGUUGUUAUUGAAAAACUGGAUGAUAAGAAUGUUAAAUGCAGAGUCACAUGUGGUGGCUACAUGCAAAACUUUUGUUUUGUUUGUUUUCGGGGAUUGAUACAUAUAAAACCAGCGUUGAUUGAGAAGGAUUUGGAAGUUAUCGAAUUUGCAAAAACGCUUAAGUUCGACAUCAUAACCAUAAAUUCGGUGCGGACUGCACUAACCGUGAAGCGAGUCAGAGAAAUGACAAAAGAAUACAAACCUUUGGUGUUGAGCGCUAUAUGCGAACAACAGGGUUUGGAUAAUAUUGACAGCAUUGUCGAUGCCUCGGAUGGGAUUAUUCUGGCUGGAGAGUUUGUAUUUUUUGAAGUUAAAGACAAAUAUAAAAUAAUAACUAUACAGUUAUAUGUUAGUGCUAAAUGUAGACUGAAGGGCAAGCCACUAUACUUAUCCGGAAAGAUUCUGCAAAGCGUACUCAGAACGGGAAAUGCAAAUAGAUGCGAUAUUAAUGAUAUUACUAAUGCAGUGUUGGAAAGCAGUGGGUUUGUGUUGCGGUCAUUCAAAGAUCCGGGCAAUAUGGUCAAAGCUUUACGGACCUUGAGCGACAUCUGUUUAAUAGUGGAACCUUUGACCCGGUAUGAUACAACCUUCAUGAGACUUGCGAUGGAGUACAAGAAGCCUGCGACAGCAGCUCAAGCCGCUGUUGUGUCAGCUGUGUUGUUAGCCAGAAUCACCCAUUCUGCGGUCAUCAUCGUUCCGACUGUCACUGGCAGGACGGUCAGGCAAGUGGCCCAUAUGACUUCGGAAAAUAUCAUUAUUGCUAUCACUUCAAGUAUCAUAGUUGCCAAACAACUACAGCUAUUCAAAGGAGUCAUUGCUAUCGUUUAUGACAAAAAGCCACUCACAGGCUGGCAAAAUGAAAUGGAAGCUCGUUUGAAGUUCGCCGUUUCCUCUGGUCUGAAAUUUGAAGUUCUGAACUGUGGUAGCCCCUACGUGGUUCUUAGAAAAAGUUUACCGACCUCCUCUUAUUGUGACCAAGUCAGCACUCUCUCAGCUCUCUCUGAUACAGAUAUUGUGCGAUUAGAGGUCGAAAGAAGGAAGGAAGUUACUAAAAUACAAAAAGAGCUCAUCAGUGAAAAUAUCAAAUAAUUAUUCAGUAACCUAUUUGUGGAGUAUCAGGACAAGCAAGGACUAUGGACGAGCAAUUGAAGUGAAUUUAUAUGUACACUCAACACCUCAACCUGUACCUACACUAUACAUAUAAAACUAUAGAGGAAUAAGGAAUAGUUAUUUGUUAUACAAGAGUGCAAAGUUGUUGUUGAGCAAGCGAAGGAUUCUAAAAUUGAAACACGAGCGUAGCGAGUGUUUCAAUAAUUAGAAUCCUGAGCGAUAGCGAGGGAAUCAAAAGAGCACAAGGUGAAAAAUCUUUGCACUCGAGUGCAACACGCAACUUUUCAUCCCACCUCAUCGAGGAAAUUACUAAAUACAAAUAAAAACAAAAUGGCGCGCACAUAUGAGUAUCAAAUUAAAAAGAAGUACUUAUUAAAGUUCAUUUAUUUGAAAACUCAGUUUAAAAAUGAAAUGAGGUUAAAAGUCUAUGUAAAAACAAUAAUUAAAAUUACUUAAUUAAUUGAAUAAUUAAUUUAAGCAGUAUUUUAUUUGUUUAAUAUGUAUUUGUUUGAAAAGUCUUAUCAAGAUUGUCACAAAUGGAGUAUUGCACACGAUGUUCUAAAUUCAAAUCACUUUGCCGCUCUAGAGGAUAAAAACGGCUUUUGCGCUCAGAUAUCAAAGAGUAAAACUACUCUUUCCGAGAUGGUGGGAUGAAAAGAAGAUUUGCUUGAUUAUAAUCGAUUUACCUUCCAAAAAAUUUUACGGGGACUUUUUUUCAUAUCCAUAUGACACAACUCAGUGCGCUCCCGAAUAUUUAUUUUUAUCAAAUCAUGUUUUAAUGUACAUCUUUAUUUUUGAAUUUUGUAUGUUUUUUCAA